UCCGCCAAGACCUCGACCACAAUGGACACCUUGCUGGCUGGCUGGACGCAGUCCGGGGAAUUCCUGCAGGAUCGAUGGAGCUGGCUGCUGGACACCGUGGGCGAGGAUUCGUGGCGCCUCUGGGUGGUUGGCAGCACGAUGGUCAUCUUCGCAGUGUACUGGCUCUACGCCGGCAUCUUCACCCUGAUGGACAUCACGAAUAGACCGCGAUUCCUGCGCAAAUACAAGAUCCAACCGGGCCAGAAUGAGCCAGUAGAUCUGGCCAGGCUGUGGGCUGCCGUCAAGGUGGUGCUGUUCAAUCUGACGGUGGUCAACUUCCUGGCCUGCUGGGCAAUCUACGAGCUGGUCUACAGAACGGAGAACAGCGGGGACAUCCGGGUGCUGCCCACCUUCCGGCGAUCGCUGCGGGAUGUGGCCAUCUUUGUGGUCCUGGAGGAGAUCAUGUUCUACUAUGCCCACCGACUGCUGCACCACAGGUCGGUGUACAAAUAUGUCCACAAGAAGCACCACGAGUGGACGGCUCCCAUUGCCGCCAUCACGCUGUAUGCCCAUCCGGUGGAGCAUGUGGUGGCCAAUCUGCUGCCGGUGGCCACCUCCAUUGCCCUCCUGGGCACCCAUGUGGCCCUGGCCUAUGUGAUCUUCGCCCUGGCCAUAGUCAACUCGAUGAGCGACCACACGGGCUACAGCUUCCCCUGGUCGGCGGGAUCGGUGCGGUUCCACGACUACCACCAUGCCAAGUUCAACUACAACUAUGGAGUGCUCGGUCUGCUGGACAAACUGCAUGGCACUUAUCGCACUCCCGCGGAUCAAAAAAAGGUUCCUGUGUCCAGGAUAAGGAAUUCUAAGAAGAAGUCUAAGUAAUCCAAGCGUCUGAUUUAUUUGUU